AUGCCGCGUGGCAAGAAACUAUCCGAUGUUGAACAAGGCAAGAUUGAUCUACUUAUUCAACAAGGGAAAAGUCAACGUCAAAUCGCCGAGGAAAUUCACCGCUCACAGAAGGCAGUAUUCACGUAUAUUUCCAAGCAAGACACGUACAAUGAAAAACACGCCGGCGGAGCGCCAAAGAAAUUGACCGAACGAGACGAACGAGCCAUAGGAAGAGCUCUUUCCAAUAGCACCAAAUCUUUGGCUCAGAUAAAAGCCGACCUGCAGCUAAACGUUACCCGCCAAACGAUUUACAAUGCUGUACUUGGCUCGCCAAUCAUCAAAAGAGAACAGAUGAAGAGGGUCCCAAAAAUUUCUCCAGCCCAUGAAGCGGCCAGGAUGCAAUUUGCUCAGAAUCAUAUGACCACUGAUUGGUCCCUGGUAUGGAACAUAACU